AUGCAUGAGGAUGAUAGGCAUGUGAAACAUUUCCAUUCAGACGGGAAGGAUGCCCUCAGCUAUACAAAGCCCUCACAAUCACUACACCAUCCUCAGCAAUUGCAUCACAAGAGAAGGAGCAAAUCCGGGUAUAUGCAGGCUUCAGUUGAGCAACUGCCUGUUCAAAGGUCUCCAAAGAACGUGGCUUCACAUGCUGUCGACCGCAUUGACCAUCGUCGCCAGUCUCGCUCCACAAAGGGCAGUCCACAUCCCUUCCAUGAACAGCGUGGUCAUCAUGGCCAGCCUUGGUCCUCGAAUGGCACUUCGUCCGCCUCUCCCAAGCAGCGCGGCCUUUUAAAGACAGGCUUCGUAGCCGACAGUGAUGCAUGCAGCGCAUUCUCGGAUGUUAACGACAGUGAGGACCAUGCUGGAACCACAGCAAUGGAACCCACCGCUGAUCCUCGGGCUCUUUCAAGUACGACUGCCACCAUACCCAUUUCGACUUCUACUCAGACGACCACAAGUCCCCAGCCAGCUGCGCUCGCCUCCACGGUGAACGCAUCAGGCUCAUCUGUUGCGAUUUCUAACCUGUUCCGCGAGUUCAAUGUCAAUGAAAAUGGCGCGUUAUUCAAGGCGAUGCAAAGACAGAAAGCUAAACAAAGCGUCGAGUCGCUUCCCGGCGGCGACCUUGUUCAAACGAACUCGAGGCCCCGGCCACACCCAUUCGCCCCUACGGUUAAUCAAUCAGUUACACAUCCUCAUUGCCCUUCGCAUGCAAGGACACAUUCUCAGGAGUCAGUGACUACGGUUCAUUGUCUACUUGGAUGCGCGUCUACGUUUAGCAACACUGCAGAACACCUCGAGCAUUUCACUUCAUUCAAGUGUCCCAAUACCAACAGCGGCGAGUUGCUCGUCUGUGAUUAUGAAGGAUGUGAUUAUACUUUCCCCGGCUCCCUCUCAUCCAUGCGAUACACACACUGGGAAACUCAUCACAUGAAAGAUGCAUGGUCGCGUAAUGGAUUCGCUGUCCAGUGGAAUGAUGCACAUCGCUCACACAAUGUCGAUCCCUUCAUCGGCCCAGAUGCACGUGCUUGCUACAACAUGCUAGUCCACAGUCCAGACGAUAUCCUUGAAGAUGUGGCGACGCCAGUUGACAACAUGUACGUACACUGCACAGGAGCUAGCGACGCGAAUUAUGAAGCGGGCGAGAAGCUCCAGCACAGCGACCGUGAGCCAGUGAUGCUACGUACACUGAGUCACCAAACUCAUUUUGUGCCUUGA